UAAAACCUAUUUCUAUCUGUGUCUCUCCUUCAAACGCAAAACUAUUUCUCCCCAAAACAAACCUGAUAAAACCUAUUUCUAUCUCUGUCUCUCCUUCAAACACUGCAGGACCCAUACGCAGGAACCCAAAAACAGAAAAGCCAGACGCAGAUCUUUCUCUCUUCCCCUGCGACGGUAACCGAAUUCAACUACGCCACAAAUGCUCUCUUCCCCUGCGACGGUAACCGAAUUCAACUAUGCCACAAAUGCUUCGCCUCACAACCAACCAACAUCAGACUGCUGGAACGGCUACAGGUUCUUUGACUGUCACAUACAUGUUACAGGGAGGCAUUACUCACCAAGAUUCUGCCGGCCAUAAGGGUACAAUUGGACCCUGUGAUGUGCAGGUAAAGACAUAUUUUGAGUAUGUUGGAAAAAUUUGUUGCAUUUUAAGGUCUUUUAUGAGAAACAAAGAUGGAUUUUUUUUGGUAAAGACAUAUUUUGAGUAUGUUGGAAAAAUUUGUUGUGUUUUAAGGUCUUUUAUGAGAAACAAAGAUGGAUUUUUUUUUGGUUUGAUCUGUAUUGAGUUUCCCCUUUUUACAGUCUAAUUAAAUAUUUGGGUUUGUUUUAGUUUCACUAUUAAUAAAAUAUUUGGAUUUGUUUUGGUUUCAUUAUUAAUGUUCUGGGAUAUCACAUAAAGUUCAAUUUUGUUGUUUUUUCUUUGUUCUGACAUGUGUUAAUUGAUAUAGAAAAAAAAAGAAAAAAAGAAGAGAUUGUUGGCCAAUAAAUGAGGAAGAGCAGGGCAAAGGGAAGAUAGUAUAAAUUGGGGCAUUGCAAAGCCAAUACUCACUUUGAUUGGUAAUCUGGUGCCUUCUUUGUUUACAACAUAAUUUAUAUUUUUUUAGAAUUUGUUAUUCUUAUUCCAUUGAUAUUGUGAGCUAUAGAUGGUUCUCUUAAAAAAGAACCACUAUAGGCAUGAGAAUUACAAAUUGUUUGCAAAGA